UGACAUCAGAAUUUUAAAUGUCAAAAUGAUAAUGUGAGGUUAGAUUAAAUCUACCGUCAAAAAAAUAAUAAAAACAAAUUAGAUUAGUUAGAUACAAAUGAAAAAUAAAGAAUGAGUGCAUCGAUAAAAGAUGGUAAAACUCCUUCAACAAAAGCGACAGAAAAUGAGGAAGAUGGUGAUUAUAGGAUAUAUAGUGUAAUUUCGUAUUUCAUAGUGUUAGUUGUGAUAGGUUUACCAAUAUGGUGGUACACAACAAGAGUCUACAGAGCAUCACUGCCUCUCACAAGAAUGCAAGAAGUCGAAGUAAACAAUUACACAGAAAAAGAGUAUGGAAUGCCUUUGAGUCUAGAAUAUGACAUACUCAUAUCCUUUGUCCAUCCAGAUCCUUUAAACCCCCAGGUAGAACUGAUAGGUGCAGACAUCGAACAGUAUCUCAACCCUUACUUGGCAAAAAUUUCUCCAAUCGCAGAGUUCAUUAUUAAGUCACAGUGGUUAUACCUUAUAGACUUAGGACUCGCUCCAGUAAAGCUCAACAAUCAUUUUGUACUAAAAGAAGAUCAAUUGCCACAUAUUAUUACGCCAUUGGAGAGUAAAUUGUGGUCUCAUAUGUCUCCGAGACCAACUAUCAAUCUAGUCGUAUAUUUUGCUCCUUGUGGCGAUCAUCCAUUGUACAUAUACGAUAAACACAAUCAGAAAGUAGAGACUAAUGCCUUUCUAAGCCCUAGAUGGGGUGGCUUGCUGGUAGUAAAUUCUGAUAAAGCAUCAUGUGAAAAAGGAAUUUUGAAACCAAAUUUGAAUUCAAUUACAUCUGUAUUUGUCACGCAGUUGCAGAAAUUGUUUAAAGUCGACAAUAUUUCAGAUGUAGACAACAUUUAUGAGCUAAAAAUGCGUAAAGCAACAGAAAUGAUCGCGUCCACACGUAGAACUUUAAGAUCGCUAGCUGAAUUACUAUCAGAAAUCAAGAGUAUAGUCAUUAGUGAGGAUGUUGGCGAAAAAAUUAGUGUUGCAGUUGAUAACGCCGACUUGGCUCAAGAGUUUCUAGAGAAAGAUGUCGACCAAGGAUUGAAGUAUGCAAAGGUUGCGUUUAAAAAUUCAGAAGAAGCCUUUAGCGAUCCAUCAUUGCUGUCAUUGUUAUAUUUUCCUGAAGACCAAAAAUAUGCUGUUUACAUUCCACUGUUUUUGCCAAUAAUGAUUCCAGUAUUUAUGUCCUUGUUUACGCUUAGGAAGUGGAUAUUUAAGAAAAAACAGAAGAUUGAGUAAUUCGUUUUCAUCGUGCGCGAUAUGUGUCAUUUAGAACUUAAAAAUAUGGUUUGUAAAUUUUUCUACACAAUAAAUAAUUCAAUUUUAUAUAUAA